AUGGAGUCGCCAUCAAGGCACAGUGGCGAGGCCGGAAAAAGGAGCCUCCAGGAUUCAAGUCAGGAGCGCGCACCAGUCGCGACAUAUAUUUGGAGCAGCAGCGUGCCCGUGGCGGCAGGCGCGGGCGAAGUGGUAGCAGUGGGAGCAGCAGACAUUCACGACACCGAAAUCGCGACGACCGGCGACGUGAUGAUCGUCGACGAGAGAGUCGAGACAGAAGUCGGCGAAGGCAUUGAGCAUGGCAGCCCAGUGGCACAGAACGCCUUUGGAAAAGAAGCUGGCGUUGCCCUGUCGAUGCCAGUUCCACUUCUUGAAAUUGUCCCCAGGCUUGCGUGCUGCCUUGUUUUUUUUGCGAGGUUGAUCUUCUCAAGAGCGCUCUUAUGA